AUGGUGAAUGUAUAUGAUGAUAAUAUUCCCAAAUACUUGGGUCUUUCUGGUAAUGCGCUAAUAACGUCGCAGACCUUAUUAGUUGGUCUUCCCUCAUUUAUUUUAUUUGGCUACAAUCAGGCGGGCAUGGGUGGUGCUUUAUCUUUACCUGAGUUUGGUAAAUAUUUCCCCAUGCUAUCUACCUUAGACAAAGAAGGAAGUGCCAAGUCACAAGCUUCAACACUUCAAGGUGUGUUUGUUUCUACAUUUUCAUUGGGUGCUCUUCUUGGUGCAGUAUUUUGUUCUUUCUUUGGUGAUCGUCUAGGAAGAAAAAAAACUAUUCUAUUGGGUGCACUCUUAGUAUUAGUUGGGGAAAUUUUAGAAUGUUCUGCUUUUAGCGUUGGACAAUUAUGCACUGGAAGGACUAUACUUGGUAUUGGUAUUGGAAUGUUGAACGUCACAGUUCCUAGUUGGCAAAGUGAAUGUUCAAAACCAAAGAACAGGGGUAAGCAUGUGGCACUAGAUGGUGCAUUUAUUUCAUUAGGGUAUUUACUCACCAAUUGGAUUUCGUUCGGCUUUUAUAUGGGCAAUCAUAGUCAGGCGACUUGGCGAGUUCCAAUAGCAAUAGGAGCUAUUUUUAAUUUCCCUUUAAUUUUUGCAAUAAUAAAACUUCCAGAAUCUCCUAGAUGGUUGAUCAUGAAAGGAAGAAUCAAUGAAGCUCGCGAGAUAUUGGCUUCUAUAAAUGGAACAAAUAUUGAAGAUGAUAUAAUUCUUCAAGAAAUUGAAAAUAUAGAAAUUUCUAAUUGUCAAUCAGCUAAAACAGAUGCUAAAUUUAUAGAUCUUUUUAAAAUGGGAGAGGAGAAACUUUUAAUGAGAUUUUUAAUGUGUAUGUCAUUGCAAUGUUUACAGCAAAUGUCGGGUGGUAAUUUAAUAUCAGUUUAUUCAACAACUUUAUAUCAAGAGAGUUUAGGAAUGAGUGGGAAACUUUCAAGGAUCCUUUCGAGUUGCACAUUAACAUUCAAAUUCUUUUGUGGCUUUAUUGCGUUCUUUACAGUUGAUAGAUAUGGAAGAAGGCUUUUGUUGACAAUUAGCGGAAGCGGUAUGGCUCUUUGCAUGCUUUUUCUAGCUGUUACCACAAGCCAACCUGACAAUUUUAGUGCGAAUAUCGCUUCCGUUUUUUUUAUUUUUGCAUUCAAUUUUUUCAUUCCAAUUGGCUUUCUUGGAAUCAAUUGGCUAUACGUAACAGAAAUAUCACCUACAAAGUAUCGUACUUAUAUUUCGGCUAUUCUGAGUGCUAAUAAUUGGAUAUGGAAUUUUGUUGUGACAAUGAUUACACCCAUUGCUAUCCAAUCGAUAGCAUAUAGAUACUACAUAAUAUAUGCCGUCAUCGGGGCUGUUAUCCCUAUAAUGGUUUUGACUUUUUUCCCUGAAACACUGGGCUUAGAAUUGGAGGCAAUUGAUCUCAUUUUCAAGAAAUCAUCUUCCCCAUGGACAGUUGUAAAAACUGCGAAGGAAGAGCGCAAUACUUUGCUUAGUCAUGACUUGAGUCAAACAAAAGAAUUGAGAUCGCAAUUACCACCAAAGAUUUAUUCAGAACAUAAAGAGUAUAUCAAAAGUGACAAAGGAGAAAAGAGCGUUGACUCAGCUUCUGUAGUUUAG